AUGUUGCCGACGAUCCCGAAGCGUGGCCGUGCACCAAAGCCUUUCGACGCGGGGCCUUCGAUCCCUACGCCUGGUCGCCCAGACCGUGAAACUGGUGAGGCAGGUGGCAGAGCCCUCUCAGUCGAGUUGGCAUCUCCACUCGGGGCCACAGGGGUAUUUGCUAGUAAGUCCUCACAUGGGCGAGGUCAUCUGCUGCACCUGGGCACAUUUUCCAGCAUCGGCUUUGGUGGCGCCGUUACCACCCAGGACCAUCCCGCUCCUACAAGUGCCGGUGAGGCGGUUCGUGUGGGCCGCGACGGAGGCCAGCCGCAGUGCAGCCUUCGCCCCACAGUCAUGGACAAGUUGGCUACUGGACCGACUGCCGCUGGUGUGCUACCUCUUCCCAAUGAGGCCACUUCUCUGCAAGCAGCGGAUUUGGUGACAGGCACGCCGAUGAUCAGCAGCGUCCCCACAUCUAACCAGUCCACCCCCGUCGCUGACACCCGGUCUGUUCAGCUUCUUCAGCAACUGCAGCAGCUGCUUCAGAGCGGCGUACCGACAGCAAUGCUGCAGCAAUGGGUGUCCGGGCAGCUUCUCCAAGCCACAGCGCCCGCCGCUCCUACGCGACCUGCUGCUGCUGUUGUCGUCGUCUCCCCGCCAUCUGCGGGACGGCUCUCCCCCACUGCCCUCUCAGCUGCAGCGCUGGGGCAGCCGUUAAGUCCAGGUGUCCCUAGCGGCAGUCGUCCACCGCGCCGGCCCGCGUCGGCCGUGUCCUUUUCUCUUUUCACCAACCAACUCUCUCACACGCAGCAGCAGCGGCAGCAGCUCUCACCACAGCAUGGCACUCCUCUGGACAGUGCCAAUGUCGCUGUCCAACCAUCUUCCGCCGCACCUACUGUUGGAUCCCUGUGCACCGCAAACAGCGGUAGUGUCCCCAGUGCGCUUACGUCAGCCGUUGAUGGCGGCGAGGUUACGCUCGCGCCAGCGAUGUGCAGCGCCACGUCGGUGGCAGCUGUGGUGUUGUCGGAGCCAGAGAUAGGAGCGCCGCUGUCUGGGGCCUCGCUGCCGUGUUCAGCAGGUUCAGCGAUGCUGCCACCACUGGAGAGCGUCCCCAGCUCCGCCGAUGACCCGCUCGCCAGCGGUGCUGGCAACGACGUCGACCUGGCGGCGGCUCACCACCGUGGCGCAGGUGGCAGCUUACUGAAAGCCUCGCAUCCGCACCUGCAGCACUCCCAGUGGCGUUCGUUUCGCAACCAGAGCAGCAGCGGCGUCCGCAGCUCUUCCGCCACCUCACUCGGCGGGAAGAGGCCCGCGACGGUGUCUGGCAUGGGUGCCAACAUCUCCGCUCCCACCAUAAUUCUUCACUCAAAGUCUCCGAGUCCUGCAGGCACCCCGCGGCAUUGCCGCAUUGCUUCUGCACUGCACUCGGCCACGAAAGCAGCGAUUCAUGCGACAACGUCUCAGCUUGUAGCACAGAAUCAGCAGAAGAACAUCUCGCUGCUGCUCGGGGAACGCUUCUCGCGUCACCCCGAAAAUUUUGUCAGGCGCGUGACCACUCGACUGCCUGUCGUCGACAGUGGCUCGCCUGGAACGCCAGCGCUGUCUGAGGCGACUUCGGGAGCGGCCUUAUCGGCGAGAAGGUCACACCCUGGGAGCGACUCCAACACAGACGACGACAUCUGCAGCCUCUCCACUGCGACCACCGCGCUCGAGCGUCUCAACGGGUCGGCUGGGUUGUUGGUCGCGCCACAGACGCGGUCCCCAUCUGUGGCAAGCGUUCCGCUCAGGGUGGCGGAAAGGAGUGUUAUGGCAGCGGUGGAGUUUCCGAGUCGUUGUCUUCCCUUGAUAUCUGUGGCCACAGAGGCUUCUGGCGGUAGUCCGACAAGCAAAUUCUUCACCAGCUGCUCACCGCGUUCCAUUACGUCACCCGCCCUGUUGACUGCGGCCACGGAGCACCCAGGAAACGGCAGCUCUGAGGGGUCGUUUCUCCAAGACCAUCAUAGCGUAAGCGAUGAUCGCGGCGCUUUGUCCAUCGCGCCUUGUGACGGCAAUGACGUCGCUACUUCUGCCCAGGCGCUGUUCUCUGCAUCUGUGGAGUCUGCGCCAGCCCACCAGCGCAGCAACAAUAUUCCUCCAGAGAAGCCUACAGAUGGCGAGGCAGGGGGCCCGCUUAAGCUGUCUCUGCACCAGCGUCGGCUGAGCAGCAGCCUGUCUGGCCUGAUGUCUGGGCGCACGCCGACGGUGGCCAUAGAGGCGGCGGCAGAGGCUGCUUCUGGCGAUGCCGCAGAGCGGGUAGCAGCUGCGGAGGUGCCAGACGUCGUCUUCCUCAUCGAGAUUGACACGGAGGCGACGAGCGCGUCCUGUACCCCCGCCCGAGAAGCGACGCCGCACAACACCUCGUCCCUAUUCAGCGGCGGCGACUCGGGGCAUUUGGCCCAUUCGUGGGGCGGCACUGCUACCCAUGCCGGCGAACGUCCCCAACACCCUCAUCGCGGCUCCAUCUCGACCCUGCCUGCAGUGAGCGCCUCCGCAACUUCGCUCGCGUGGGUGCAGCCAUCACCGAACUCGAGCUCGCCCGCGGCUGCCUUGGCGACGUCGCUCUCGCAGUUUGCGCCGUCGCCAUCCGCGGCGGCUCGAUGCACACACCAGGCAUCUGUGACGCCGUGGCAGACAACCAGCUUCGUCUCCACCACCAGCAGCCACCUGGGCUGUGGUGGCGCGACCGGAGGGCACGGCCCCUCUGUUGCCUUCAACGUCACCCACCGUGAUUCUCUUUCCUUGCAUGACGAAAUACCGAGCCUCGGCAGCGGCCCCACCGCUGGCGUGUCGUCACUCGGUGAGGGCAUGAACGGCAAUCGCCGGGGUCGCUCGUCCGUGCUUCAUCUGAGCCGCUCGUCUAUGAACGGUGGUGUGGACCCCAUGGAGGGCGUUAUGGCAAGCUUCAUCCUGGACGACAUCAACGGUGCGACGCGCCGCUCAGGCCCGCGUUUUUUGCGCUCUUUCUGCCGUCACACACCUGUGCGAGCCAUGGAAAGCGUGGCGCACGCGGCACUGGAGGGACUUGGAGUGCCGUUCAUUGAAGGCAUCGACCACGCCUCAGUCCCCACAAACGUCUUGGCGGUGAUGAACGCAUACGGGUUCACGGACAGACGCGCCUUCUACGUGGCGAUUUGCCUCAACGUGUUUCUGCGUUACGAGUUCGUGCAGCGCUUUGGUUGGAAUGUGCAGAAGCUGAAGAAGUUCCUCGAGGUGGCCGCGACGUACUUCCGCGACGGCAACCCGUUUCAUAACCCAGUGCACGCCGUCGACGUCGUCAUGGCGGCUCACCAGUGGCUCAGUGAGGGGAGCACCGGCGCUGCACUUUCAGAUGACGAGGCAAUGACGUUUUUACUCACCGCCAUGGUACAACAGAUUGCUCACACCGGCGCCGACAACCGCCUGCUUGGGCAACUGAAGCACCCGUACGCGAUGCUGUGCAGCUACGCAUCGCCGCAGCAGGGCGCCACUGUCGCGCUGGUGAUGGCACUACUGAGCCGACCGGAGCUGCACUUUUUUCCCGAUCCCUGCCUCGCCACAGCUCACACUACUGGCACUGGUGGCGUUGCCGACCCGGCCGUUGUGCAGGAGUGGACCAACAGCCGCGAGUUGCAGAUGUAUGACAUGCUCGCUGACCUCAUCAUGGCGACGGACGAGCGCAACCACGCGACACUGAGGCACAACAUCAUGCGUAUGGGGGAGGAGAACGCGCGGCUGCACGGCUGCAUGUGUGCCUCCACCCACGCCGACCGCUCCUACUCUAUCCUCUCGCGCAGCCUGUUUCGUUCUACCUCGCAGGCUGACGUCACGACGCAGCUGCAGUACCCGUCUCCGCAGGGGAACUUCUGUCUUAACUGCUGCGCCUACAUUACUGAUGCGCACGUGCCUGACCUGCUAAAGGCGGUGCUGCACUUCAUCGACUUUGCGUACCUGUUUCGCCCCUACCAGGUGUACUUGUGUGGCAGCAUCGCCUACAUGGCGGAGCUGUACCGGCAGAGCGAGCGAGAGUACGCACUUCUACAACGCUUGCAGGAGCAGCAGCUGCUAAGAGCCUUGACGAGAAGGGCAAGUGGUGAGAGCCUUGGCGAGACAGUGCCGCAACAGCCGUCUGGCGCCCAAAGCCCCGGCGCUCCCUUCUCCGCUCCGACGACAGACGCGUACACGCCGGCAGUGACGUUUGCCACGGCACUUCUGGCAGAGCAACAACCUUGGCGACAAGGCGUUGCUCAAGCCUCCACCAUGACCUCGUUGCAGCGCAGCAGUGACGAGGUCACGGUAGCUGCCGACACCCCGCCGCCAUCGUGCCGUGCAACGGUGGUGACGCUGCCGAGCGAGAUGACAGCGAGUCACCACGCUGUGAGUCCGUCGCCGCUGACACUGCAGGUGACGAGGGCGCCACCGGAUGAGGGCGCUGCCGCCUCGAAUACACUUGACAGGGCGACACGCGCGCAGCCCCUCAAGGGGCUCGGCCGCGAUAUUGUGCUCAUUAGUAUGGAGGACUUGUGUCUGCCCUUCCUCGAGCAGCUAGCCCCGUACAUGCCGGAGGCGUGGGUGGCGGCCAGUUACCAGAACCAUCAGCGGCUGAUGAAGUCUCUGCCAACCCCAGAGAAAUUUGAUGAGGUGGUUAAUCGAUUUCUUGAUUUUGGCGUGGCCACAGAGGCGGAGCUCCUCGAGGAGGAUACCGAAAAAGAGGGUGAGAUCGAGGAUGAGGAGGCCGACUCACUCGCUGCGAUGUGCCCUUUCACGCUACCGUGGCGCCUGCUGCGUCCGGUGCGCCCCAUUGCAGCAGAGUGGACGGCAGACAAGGAUGGGGUGAUGCGACGCGUGGUGAGGGAGAUUAUGAGAGGUCCCACGCAACUGCUGAAAGAAAGCGACGAUAUCUGA